AUGUCAAAAAACCAUAAAUUGAAUACAAAUCAAUUAAAUAAUGAACAAGAUUAUAAUAUGAUUGAAUUAUCUCCUGUUAAAUCAAAUGGUUCAAAUUUUUCAAAUGAAUUAAAAUCAAAUCAACAAAGAGGCCAAAGAGGCCAAAGUGAACAAAGUGCACCAAUUACAGGCUUAAAGAAUAAAGUUCAAAGUUUUAAAUUACAAUCAAGAUCAAAUACCCUAAAUUCAUCAUUCACUAUAGAUAUUGAUGAUUUAAAUGAACUUUAUGAUCCAAAAUCAAUAAAAUUCUUUCAAACGAAAUUCAAUAAAGUUACAGAUUUCUAUAAUUCAUUAAAAUCAAAUAAAAAAAAUGGUCUUGAUCCUUCAUUACCAGAUUUAAAUGAUCGUACAAAUCAUUUUGGUAUAAACAAAUUACCUGAAAAAAAACCAAAAUCUUUCUUCAAAUUAGCAUGGGAAGCUAUGCAAGAUAAAGUUAUGAUUUUAUUAUCAGUAGCUGCUUUAAUUUCAUUUGCUUUAGGUCUUUAUGAAACUUUUGGUCAACCGCCUGAACAUGAUGCUGAAGGUAAAGAAAUCCCACAAAUUGAAUGGGUUGAAGGUGUUGCCAUCUUUAUUGCAGUUGUUAUCGUGGUUCUUGUUGGGGCGGCUAAUGAUUAUCAAAAAGAAUUACAAUUUGCUAAAUUAAAUAGAAAAAAAGAUGAUCGUGAAAUCAUUGUUGUACGUGGUAAUGAUGAUCAAUUGAUUUCUAUCCAUGAUUUAUUAGUUGGUGAUAUCAUUGUAUUACAAACUGGUGAUAUUAUUCCAGCGGAUGCUGUGAUGACUGAAGGUAGUUGUGAAUGUGAUGAAAGUGCUCUAACAGGUGAAUCUCAUAGUAUUAUUAAAUUUCCAAUUGAACAAGCUUUGAGCAUUUAUGAUUCAAAAUUUCCUGAACAUGAUGUUGAUAUUGGUCAUAAAGGUGUUCCUGAUCCUUAUUUGAUCUCUGGUUCAAGAAUCAUUUCUGGGAUUGGUAAAGCCAUGGUUACCGCUGUGGGACCAAAUUCUAUUCAUGGAAGAACAAUGGCUUCAUUAAAUACAGAACCUGAAGUUACUCCAUUACAAGCUAGAUUAAAUGAUUUAGCUGAUGGUAUAACAAAAUAUGGUAUUUUAGCAGCAUUAGUAUUAUUUAUUGUGGUUUUUGCAAGAUUUUUAUCUGAAUUACCUGCUGGUAAAGCUUAUCAUGAUUUACCACCUGCUGAAAAAGGUUCAAAAUUCUUAGAUAUUGUUAUCACAGCAAUUACUGUUAUUGUUGUUGCUGUCCCUGAAGGUUUACCAUUAGCUGUUACAUUAGCUUUAGCUUUUGCCACUACAAGAAUGUCAAAAGAUUCAAAUUUAGUUCGUGUUUUAAAAGCUUGUGAAAUUAUGGGGAAUGCUACUGCUGUUUGUUCUGAUAAAACUGGUACUUUAACUGAAAAUAGAAUGAAAGUUGUUAAUGGUAAUAUAACUGGUUUAGAAUUUGAUGAUAAUUCUCAUUCAACAAUUGAUAAAUCAAAUGAUUUAAAUUUAAAUAAUGAAUUUAAAACCAUUUUAUUAUCAAAUAUUUCAUUAAAUUCAACAGCUUUUGAAAAUAAAGAUUUUACCGGAACAGCUUCAUCAAAUCCUUUUGAAAAUCCUCCUAAAAAGCAUUGGUGGUCUUCAUCACAAAAAAAUAAAUUAAAAGAUUUAGAAACUAAACAAAAGGAAAAUCAAGAACCUUUUAUUGGUAGUAAAACUGAAACUGCUUUAUUAUCUUUAGCAAAUCGUUCAUUUGGUAUGACUCAAGAAUUUUCUUUAUCACAUUUAAGAAAUGAUGUUUCUUUAUUAAAUAUUGAAUCAAUUGUUCAAAUUAUUCCAUUUGAAAGUUCAAGAAAAUGGGGUGGUUUAGUUGUUAAAUUAUCAAAUUCAAAUACAUAUAGAUUUUUUGUUAAAGGGGCUGCUGAAUUAGUUUUCGAAAGAUGUUCAUAUGAAACAAUACAAGAUGGUUCAAUUGAAAAAAUUUCAUCUGAAUCACAAAAAUUAAAAUUUGAAAAAAUUAAUACUUAUGCAGAAAUGGCAUUAAGAACAAUAUCUUUAGCUCAUAAAGAUUAUGAAUUAGAAAAUUGGCCACCAAAACAUUUAAUUAGUGAAAAAAAUCCAUUAGAAGCAGAUGUUGAUUUAUUAUUAGGUGAUGUUAUUAAACUUGUUGAAAAUACAUCUUCUUCAUCAUCAAGUAAUACUGCAAAUAUUCCACAAAUUGUUAUUGAUGAUGAUCAUUCUUCUUCAAAUAAUGAUGGAUUAAUUUUAGAUGGUAUUGUCGGUAUUAAAGAUCCUUUACGUCCUGGUGUUAAAGAAGCUGUGGAACAAUGUGAAAGGGCUGGUGUUACAGUUCGUAUGGUUACAGGUGAUAAUAUAACAACUGCAAAAGCUAUUAGUAUAAGUUGUGGUAUAUUACCAGAAAAUUUUCAAAAUGAUUUUGAAUCAUGUAUAGAAGGUCCUGUAUACAGAAAGUUAUCUAAACAAGAAAGAUUUAGAAUUACACCAAAAUUAAAAGUUUUAGCAAGAUCUUCACCUGAAGAUAAAAGAAUUCUUGUUGAAACUUUGAAAAAACAAGGUGAAGUUGUUGCAGUUACUGGUGAUGGUACAAAUGAUGCACCUGCUUUAAAAUUAGCUGAUGUUGGGUUUUCAAUGGGUAUUUCUGGUACUGAAGUUGCAAGAGAAGCUUCAGAUAUUAUCUUAAUGACUGAUGAUUUUUCUGCCAUUGUUAAUGCAAUUAAAUGGGGUAGAUGUGUUUCUAUAUCAAUUAAAAAAUUUAUUCAAUUUCAAUUGACUGUUAAUAUAACUGCAGUUAUUUUAACAUUUGUUUCAGCUGUUGCAUCAAGUGAAGGUAAAUCAGUUUUAACUGCUGUUCAAUUAUUAUGGGUUAAUUUAAUUAUGGAUACUUUGGCUGCAUUAGCUUUAGCAACUGAUAAACCAGAUCAUACAAUCUUGGAUAGAAAGCCUGAUGGACGUAAAAAACCUUUAAUUGCUGUAUCAACUUGGAAAAUGAUUCUAGGUCAAAGUUGUUUACAAUUAAUUGUUACAUUAACUUUACACUUUGCAGGACAAAAAAUUUUCCAUCCUGGUAAGGCAAAGAUUCAUGUUCAUGAACAAGCUCAAUUAGAUGCAUUAACAUUUAAUACAUUUGUUUGGUUACAAUUUUUCAAAUUAUGGGUUACAAGAAAAUUAGGUGAAGCUGAUGGUAUAUCAAAUGUUAAAGAUCGUAUAACUUUACAAAAUUUAAAUUUUUUUCAAGAUUUAUUUAGAAAUUAUUAUUUCCUUGCAAUUGCUGCAUUAAUUGGUGGUGUUCAAGUUAUGAUUAUGUUUGUUGGUGGUGCUGCUUUUUCAGUUGCAAGACAAACACCAGCAAUGUGGGCAACUGCUAUAAUUUGUGGUUUAUUAUCAUUACCAUUUGGUGCAUUAAUUAGAAUAAUUCCAGAUGAAUGGGUUAUUAAGAUUUUCCCAACAAGGGUUUUUAGAAAGUUCCAAUAUAUUACAAGCUUCAAAUGGUUAAAAUUCUGGGGUUCUAAAAAACAAAAAAACAUUUCAUUGAACGAUGAAGAAUCAGAUCCAUUAUUUUCAAGUAUUCCACAAUUUAGACAAAUUAAUAGAGAUAUCUCAUUUGUUAAAGAUUCAGAUAUUGGUGAUGAAAAUUAUUUAAAUCCUGUAAAUAUCUAUCAAAAAUGGAGAAGAUCAAGAUCAGAUUCGUCAUUUGAAUCAAAUGAUUCUACAAUAACUGAUAAUUCUCAUACAAUUUCUGCAUUAACUAUGGUUCCAACUAUUGUUGGGGGUGCUGUUGCUGGAUGGUCUCCAUUAACUUCACCAACUAAAGCUGGUCCAAAUUCAUCAUCAUCUUCAACAUGA